AUGUACACUAGCACACUCGAUAUUUUAUUCAUCAAACGCUACAACAGCACUCACUAUCCAUUAAAGCAGAGCAAAAAGAACGAGCUCAAGACACUUGACCUGGCCGAGCAAAAGAAGAGGAACUGCAGCAACCCGGAUUCCCAUCUGGUCUCCCACGAUAGUACUAACGAAUCCCUUCCAUGCUUGACUUUGCUGAUCGGACGGGAAGCAGUAUUUUCAUGGAGGUAUGGCCGCAGAUAG